AUGGCUGAAAUAGAAGCCAGGACGUCCUUCGAUCAGAAGGUUAGGGUUGUUAAGACGGCUGCAUACAAUGCGGCUGCCGAUCUGGCCUUUGUCGCCCCUGAGACCAUUAUCCCACUUUUGCUAGAGACAUUGCGCCGAGAUCUCAAUGCAGAACAAUUACAAGACAUUGGUCCUGUCGAGGCUGCUAUCUAUAGAACUGCCGAAGGCACCGCAUUUGUUGAUGUCCUCGCAAAGAAGUCUCAGCAAGUUUUGGAUAAGAACAAGAAGGAUUACGAUAUUCUCAAAUGGGAGGAAGAACUCAGGAGUCAACUAGACAAGAAGAAAGGCCAACAAAAGAAAUUGACCCCCGAAGAGAACGCAAAGGUUAAUGCCCAACUCAAGAAAGAGAGCCAAAUUCGACAAUCAAUUACCGCGACCGUGGCGAGGCUCUUGCGAGGUAUUGGCAUUAUUCGCAGCCUUGCCACUGGUCCGCCAACUGAUGCCACUCAAUGGAUUGGGACUGCAGUGUCCCUUCUGGUUGGCAUCAUGGAUGCUGGAGCCACACUGAUCACAGGAGACGAGGCACCUUUGGCUUAUCUCACUUGCGCUGAAAAGGUGACUGAGCGCCUGGGCCCAAUGAGACCUUUCGUCGGAAUUGCAGCCCUAAGAUUGCGUGGCGUGUCUUUGUCGGAGAACUACCAGGAAGAGGCUGUCGAGGAUCUGAUUACGAGAGUUCUCUAUCGAUUGCGAUUUGCGGGCGAACAGCGACCUUUCGACUCAGUGUCACUCAUUUAUGCCCUGCCGCUCGUGCUGGACCUUCUCCGUAAGGGUGGAGUUGGUAGUUCAGCAGAUGACGCUGAUGCUCAACUGGUUUUGGCUAUCGAGUUCCUUUCAUACCAUACAGAUGUCUGUGCCGAUGAGGCUGUACCCCGAGCAGAGCUCCUCUCGGUCCUUAUCAGUUCCAUGCAGGCAUAUGCUCAGCAUUACAAGCUCCUCAAGGACUGUUUUGCUGACAUGUGUCGCUGCAUCGCUCCCAACAUGGAUCAAGAGGAGAUGGUUGUCUUGGCAAAGGGUACGUUGGUGCCAGAAACGCGUGUCAGGUCCACAGUGUUGCAGUCUAUUAGCGCCGAAGUCGAUAUGAGCGACCUGGGCUACUCUGACGAAAUCUGGGUUGCUGCUCACGACGAUGAGGAGGAAAACCAAGACCUUGGCCGAGAAAUCUGGGAGGAAAGUGGUUUCGAAGUUACGGCAGAUAUGCCGCUGAGAAUGCUACCUUUCCUGGAGAGCAAAGAUGGGCAGUUACGUCGUAGCGCUGCUCGUUCUUUGGCUGAAGCAGUCAGCCUUUACCACGAGGCCUUGGAAGAUGUGCUCGAGCAACUCAAGUCUACUUACAUUGAGCUAGCGAAACCCCGAGUUCAACAAUUAGAUGAAUUCGGAAUGCCCAAGAAGAUGGAUCUGUCCGAUCCUUGGGAGGGCCGGCAAGGUAUCGCAACUGCUUUCAGGGAGCUCGCUUCAGUUAUCACGGCCGAUCAGUUGGAUCCUUUGUUCGACUUCCUUAUCAACGCCGGUCCUCUUGGCGAUAAAAAUGGCGCGGUACGGAGUGAGAUGCUAGAUGCCUCGAUCAAGGCGAUCGAGAUCCACGGCAAGACAAUUCUCGACAAACUUAUGUCGAAGUUUGAGCAGACUUUGGAACAGCCAGAUACAAACAGUGAUGCGGCCGAUCGUGUAAACGAAGCCGUCAUCAUCAUGUACGGUGCCUUGGCUCGCCAUCUUAGCCCUGGUGACCCCAAGAUCCCCAUUGUCAUUGAUCGCCUGGUGGCUACCCUUAGUACCCCUUCUGAAACAGUACAGUAUGCUAUUGCCGAAUGCUUGCCUCCCCUGAUUCAGGCCUGUCCGGAUCAGUCUUCCAAGUAUUUCGGUCAGAUUCUGGAGCAGCUUCUCAGUUCGAAGAAGUAUGCUGUCCAGCGUGGCUCUGCAUAUGGUCUGGCUGGACUUGUCAUGGGUCGCGGCAUUGCAUCACUCCGAGAAUACCGCAUACUCCCAACUCUAAAUGAUGCUGUGGAGAACAAGAAAGAAGCAAACCAACGUGAGGCCGCUCUGCUCGCUUACGAGCUCCUGGCCACUAUGCUUGGGCGCAUCUUUGAGCCUUAUGUGAUUCAGAUCGUGCCUCAAUUGCUGACAGGCUUCGGUGAUGCCAAUGCCAAUGUUCGGGAUGCUUGUUUGGCAGCGGCAAAGGCAUGCUUUGCCAGGUUGAGUUCCUACGGUGUCAAGAAGAUCAUGCCGACCCUUCUUAACGGCCUGGAGGAGCAACAGUGGAGAAGUAAGAAGGGUGCCUGUGAUCUUCUCGGUGCAAUGGCAUAUCUCGAUCCUCAGCAACUUGCUAACAGUCUACCCGACAUCAUUCCUCCUCUGACUGGCGUGCUCAACGACAGUCACAAAGAAGUCAGAGCUGCUGCGAACCGAAGUUUGAAGAGAUUUGGUGAAGUCAUCAACAACCCAGAGAUCAAGUCUCUGGUUGACAUCAUUCUCAAGGCUCUCAGUGACCCUACGAAAUACACAGACGAGGCUCUGGACUCGCUCAUCAAAGUUCAAUUCGUCCAUUACCUUGAUGCUCCCUCUCUGGCACUGGUUACCCGUAUCCUUCAGCGCGGUUUGGCCGAUCGUUCCAACACCAAGCGUAAGGCUGCGCAGGUUAUUGGCAGCCUGGCUCACCUGACGGAGAAGAAAGAUGUCAUCAUGCACUUGCCCGUGCUUGUGGCUGGCCUCAAGCUUGCCGUUGUUGAUCCAGUACCGACCACACGAGCUACCGCUUCUAGGGCUCUAGGUUCUUUGGUGGAGAAGCUAGGAGAGGAUACGCUUCCCGACCUUAUUCCUGGCCUCAUGCAGACCCUCAAGUCUGACACUGGCGCUGGUGACCGUCUGGGAUCCGCUCAGGCUCUGAGCGAGGUUCUUGCCGGACUGGGAACAACAAGACUGGAGGAGACCCUCCCAACCAUUCUCCAGAACGUUGAAUCUUCCAAGCCCGCCGUUCGCGAAGGAUUUAUGUCGCUUUUCAUCUUUCUUCCUGUCUGCUUUGGCAAUAGCUUUUCCAACUACUUGGGCCGAAUUGUUCCACCUAUUCUUGCAGGUCUGGCUGACGAUAUUGAGUCCAUUCGUGAGACUGCACUACGUGCGGGCCGCUUGUUAGUCAAGAACUUUGCAGCUCGAGCUGUCGAUCUUCUACUUCCGGAACUCGAGCGUGGUCUCGCCGAUGAUAGCUACAGAAUCCGACUCAGCUCCGUCGAACUUGUUGGAGACCUUCUAUUUAACCUUACCGGCAUCAAGGCUGGCACCGAAGCCGAAGAUAUUGAAGAGGAUGAGAACAUCAAGGAAGCAGGCGCGUCUCUCAAGGAAACCCUUGGCGAGGACAAGCGUAAUAAGAUCCUGUCAGCCCUAUACGUAUGCCGAUGCGAUACAGCCGGUGCCGUUCGAUCAGCCGCCAUUGCUGUCUGGAAGGUUCUCGUUCACAGCCCGAGAACCCUCAAAGAGCUUGUGCCCACCCUUACUCAGCUUCUCAUCCGACGAUUGGGAAGCUCCAACAUGGAGCACAAGGUCAUUGCUAGCAAUGCCCUUGGAGAGCUUAUUCGAAAGGCCGGAGAUGGUGUUCUGUCGAGUCUCCUUCCUACUUUGGAAGAGGGUCUUCAGACAUCUGUCGACGUUGAUGCCAAGCAGGGUAUCUGCCUUGCGCUGAGGGAACUUAUUUCGUCCGCUUCUCCCGAGGCUCUGGAAGACCACGAGAAGACCCUUAUCUCAGUCGUUCGUACCGCACUUACCGAUUCUGACGAGGAUGUUCGGGAAGCCGCUGCGGAAGCCUUCGAUUCACUUCAGCAGAUCUUUGGCAAGCGAGCAGUUGAUCAGGUUCUUCCCUUCCUUCUUAACCUUUUGCGUUCUGAGGACGAGGCGGACAACGCUCUGCAAGCUCUUCUUACACUGCUUACUGAGACAACCCGAUCCAACAUCAUCUUGCCAAACCUUAUCCCAACACUUACAACGCCUCCCAUUUCAUCCUUCGAUGCCAAGGCUCUCGCCUCCCUGUCCAAGGUUGCUGGUCCUGCAAUGAACCGUCGCUUGCCCAACAUCAUCAACUCGCUUAUGGAUAACGAGAUCAACUGCAAGGAGGAUGGCCUUCGCGAAGAACUGGCGACGUCUUUCGACACUGUUAUCCAGUCUAUCGACGAAUACGAUGGUCUGAACACGGUCAUGAACGUCUUGUUGCAGCUCCUCAAGCAUGAGGACCACCGUCGCCGAGCGGCCACUGCAUACCACAUGGCCAACUUCUUCGCAGCUGCUAGCGUAGAUUACUCUCGAUACAGUCAAGAUAUUAUCCGCUCACUUCUCAAUUCAUUUGACGACAGAGAUGAUGGUGUCGUCAAGGCUGCAUGGGCAGCUCUCAGCGCCUUCACUAAGAAACUGCGAAAGGAGGAAAUGGAGUCGCUCGUUAUCUCAACACGACAAACUCUUCAGCGUGUUGGUGUCGCAGGAGCGAACCUGCGCGGUUUCGAGUUGCCCAAGGGCAUCAACGCUGUUCUUCCCAUCUUCUUACAAGGUCUCAUGAAUGGUACCGCUGAUCAACGAGUCCAAGCUGCCUUGGGUAUCUCGGAUAUUGUUGAUAGAACAAGCGAGGCCUCUCUUAAGCCAUUCGUGACCCAGAUUACUGGUCCCCUGAUCCGAGUCGUUUCAGAGCGUGCCACCGAAGUCAAGUCGGCCAUUCUCCUGACCCUCAACAACCUGCUGGAUAAAAUGCCCACCGCAUUGAAGCCCUUCCUUCCCCAACUUCAGCGUACAUUCGCUAAAUCUCUGGCAGACCCAUCCAGUGAGACGUUGAGAACCCGAGCUGCCAAGGCACUCGGAACUUUGAUCAAGUACACGCCACGCAUUGACCCCCUCAUUGCCGAGCUCGUCACUGGAUCCAAGACAGCGGACCCUGGCGUCAAGACCGCUAUGCUCAAGGCGCUGUACGAGGUUAUUAGCAAAGCUGGCGCCAACAUGGGCGAGGCUUCUCGAGCUUCUGUCUUGUCACUUAUCGACAUGGAUACAGACGAGAGAGAUGAGGCUAUGACCAUCACUAAUGCUAAGCUACUGGGCGCGCUCAUCAAGAAUGUUCCUGAAGAAGCGGCUCUGGGUCUGUUGAAGAACCGGGUGGUCACCCCACACUUUACCCAUUCUUCUGUUCUUGCUCUGAACUCGGUCCUGGCCGAGUCCCCUGAUGCUCUGCUUCAAAGCUCCCUGGUCGACGACUUGCCCGACCUUCUUUGUCAGGGUGUCAUUAACAAGAACGUCUUUGUCGCAGACAACUGCAUUCUUGCUACUGGAAAGUAUCUGCUGUCAGAUUCCGCUAAAACCUUUGAGACAACCAAGGGUAUCUUUGAAGCCUUGGCUUCCGUUAUCCAGCCAGGCAAUGCGACCGAUUCGCGUCGACUUGCUUUGGUCGUUGUUCGUACCGUCAGCCGCAACGAUAUGGAGAUGGUUCGGCCCCAUGUUGCUCUGUUGGCACAGCCCAUAUUUGCCAGCGUUCGAGACCCUGUCAUCCCUGUCAAGCUCGCUGCGGAAGCGGCAUUUGUGGAGUUGUUCAAUGUGGCGGAUGAGGAGAGCCGCAUCUUUGACAAGUUCAUGGCCGGUGCUGGGGCUGACCUAGCUCCCAACACCAAGAGAAGUAUGGGUGACUACUUUAAGCGUGUUGCUAUGAGGCUGGGCUCUCAAGCCCGCGAGAGGCGCGAGGCCGAGGGUGGACAAGGAGGACUCGGGCUAUCGAACGAUGAGGCUGAGGAUGAAAAGGAGAUUUGGAGUGUAGGCAAGGUUGAUGUGGGGAGUGAAGCAUUCACGUAA